UUACAUAUUUUUAAAGGUAUUAAAUAAAAUGUGAACGUCUAUCCUAUCGUAUACGAAUUUGCUGUCAAAUGUCAACGUGGGAUUCUGUUAAGCAAAUCACCGGAUGUUAAGGAACAGUGAUCGGAAUCUGAUAAAAUGACUUUCCUAAGUAAAACUUCUGCAUCCUCACCAUCCCUGAAUUUAAACAAAAUUCAUACGAAAUUAAAAAUUUGUAACGACACGUCAAUCGCUGAAAAGACGAAGUUUUGCAAAACUUGCUGUAAACCUUGUCAUAUUUGCCCGCGAAUUCUUGCAAAAUAUAAAGCACAGUUACAGAUGUGGCGAAGGUAUGGAAAAAGCGAUAAUUUUGUUCUUAUUGGUGCAAAGUGUAUCAUGGAAUUCUAUCGAUGGACGAAUGAAAAUCAUUUCUUAAAAUCGAUCGUCGCAUCAGCGAUUUUAUUCGCAAUCGGAAUAAAACUCACUGGAGAAAUGAACGCUUGGAAUUUAUCACAGACUGUUGGUCGAUAGAAUCGAGUCUUCGAAGAAAUUCAGGUACCUUAAAAAUUUAUUUAAUAUAAUUUAUUAGUCAUAAAAAAAACAACAGAAUUCCUUGAUCUCCUAUUUAUAAAUCUAUAUUAUUUAUUAAUAUAUAUUCGAAAUCCUUUAUUGAAUCUGCCACAUUUCUAGCAAUAGAAUGGCUUCUUCCAAAAAAUGGAUCCUUUCGAUGGCAUAUAAUAAUGCUGUGAAACAUAAUCAUCUUAAACCUAGAAGAGACAUAAAUAAUAUAAUUAAAAAUA